ACUAAAGGCACUUGUCUAAUGAGAGCUGGAAACGAAAGUCUUAACAACGAACACGAAUAUACAAACGGUUAUUUUAUAGAAACGAUUAAGAACUCUAAAGAUUUCGAAUGUCAAUGUAAAAUUGGUAUCUGUACUUGCAAACGGGUAAAACACAAAGAACGGUACUUCAAUUCCCAUCAGGUGUAUAGAGCUCAGAAGUACACUACAGGUUUUGCAGACGUAGGUGUUGGUAGUGUGAAAACUGUUUGUAGGAAAAGAGUUAGGCGGAUUUACUUACCGCAGGCUGAGGAAAAGGCUGUCGGUGCUUCCGAUGAAUCAUUUGAUCAGAGAAACACAAAUCAAUGCGAAACCAUUAAUUACGAGACCGCUUAUUUAAAUCGCAAGAGAACAUCUUCAAAAUGUGUUGGAGGUGAAAUUGAAUACAUCAAGGCGCAUGUAUUAAGCAAGAAACUAUCUCCUAUUUUUAAGAAAAUAUCAAAUUCAACUAGUCCGAUAUUUGCGAGUCUUGAAAAGAGUGUCAUAAGUUCGUAUACACAGAAGAGUAAACAAAGUACACAGAUCAAACGAAUCGAUAAACCAGUUCAAUCACAGAAUACUACAUUAUUGAAAGACAGUCCUACGAGGAAAAUGUUAGUAGAAGGCAGUAAAAUUAAGGAGACACCAACAAUUGUAGUUAAAUCAGAUGUAGGAAAUGUAGACGACUACAGAAAUAUAUCUUCAGAUUCACUCGUACAACACGUGCAUAAUUUAGAAAAUCCGAGCAAUGAAAAAAUAAGAACAUCGAACGAUUUUAUAGAAAACAAAUUGGAAAGGGAAUACAGAAAGAUUUUUACAACAGACAGAGAAGACAGUAAUUUAAAUAACAAAGAAAAACACGUACCAGAAUUGAAAAGUGCCUCAAUAUUGCGUAGACGUUUUGAGGCAUUAAGACGAGGAUUAAACAAAAAAGAAAAACCAAUUACAAUUAAAAAUUCCAGCAAAUUGAGCGUUCCAAGUCGAAAAGAUGUAUCAAUUGCUUCUGACCCGCCCUCAUUGGAAUCGCGUUCAUAUUCAAAAAUAAAAGUAUACAGUCCGAUGCCAUCAAUCGCAAAUGCUAGUAAUGCUCCUAUGUCGAAUCCUUCUUACAGCAAAUCAGGUGUUGAUGAAAAAGAAACACCAAAUUGGCUUAGCGAUACUGUUGACAAUGACUGCCACGAUGUAAAAGAUAUGUUUAGGUUAUGGGGUAAGAAAUUCAAUCUUGAAGAAGGCUCACAUAAUUACAUAUCAAAAAAGCAGAAGAAGAAAGUUCAACUCGAAUUACCGAAAGAAAAAUCAAAUAAAAAGGAAAAAGGGGAGGGAAGAAGGUUUUUAUUUUUUGGAAAGAAAAAUAAAAAAAAACCAAAGCAACCAUUUAGACCAAAACAGGGCGUUACUGCUGGUCGCUGUGAACUUGGAGAUGGACUUAUGAUAAAAAUUGGUGCUGUAAAUAAAUAUACGCCUGAAAUGCCCGCUGAAAAAAUAAAUGAAAUUUCUCAAGAUUACACUAUAGGAAAAGAUUGGUUUAAGCGUUUUAUGUCAAAAAAAAUUGAUUCACGCAGUAGCGUAAGAAUAAGAUGGAACAACAGCAUGUACACCACCAGCAGUAGUACAGUUUUCGAAUUGAUGGAUUGUGUGUACAAAAAUACUGGUGUCAUUUUUAGCUCAAAAAGUGAAGUAACGACAGGAAAUUCACAUACAGGGGAAUCGUCUAAAAUUAACUCAUAUAUAAAUCCGAAAGUCAAUUUUAUGCGACAAAAUAUACAGGCAUGGAUGAUACAAAAUACGAUCACAGACAAACCAGUUCCGAAAAUAUCAGUCAGCAUGCUUUACCCAAGUAAGAAAAAGGAUAAAAAUAUAGAAAUUACAUAUUCCGAUCAAAAAUGGUUUAUAGAGAAAUCAAAGCCAUUUUCUCGUAAAAUCGAAUUUGUUUUACAUUCAAAAAAUUUGGUUAAAAAGGUUGAAACAGAAAGUUCUGAAUACAUCGUUAUAGACAUACCGCAAAAUUACUUUUCCGAUAUAAGCAGCGAUGAUAAAAACAAUAACUCGAGUGAUGAACAAGUUUAUAAUAUAGUCGAGUAUGAAAAAUUGAAUUCAAACUCAUAUUUAAAUAAAGGAAAUGUAAACAAUAAAAUGGAUACAAACAACAAUACAUCGAAAGAUAUUCAGGUCAGAGUUAGUGUUAAAGAUAAAAAUGGGAACGAAGAUAAGAGUAAUAUUGUAACACAAGACGAAUACACAACCGUACAACCUAGUAAUAGUAGUAAUAAUUAUACACCAAAAGCACGCGAUAUUAUUAGUGUUCGAAUAAUAACUCAAAGAGAUAUAAGGGAUGUAAAGAAACCAAUAUUAAACAAUGACAUAGACGAUAAAUCAUCACACGUAUUACCUCCAUCUAAGAAAUGCGAGUUAGCCGAAAGUUUUUUACAAGAUUACUAUAGAGAUUUAUCACCACUAGGAAUAGACUUACUUUCCUGGUGCGUUAGCAACAACGAAUUACAUGGAUCACCAGGUAGUAAUUCUUUAAAAAGUUUUAGAAAACAAGGCGACGGUUCGAGGUCAUGUGCUCAUAUUCAUGAUGAUUAUAAGACUUCCACAAUAGUAUCUUCCUGUGAAACUUCCUCCUGUAGUCAUUGUAAGGUAGCUGAAGAUGAAAAAAAAAUCGAUGACACGAAAAAUUGUAAAUUUUUUAAUAAAUUAAUAAAGAGAUGCGUUGAUCCACAAACUUUUACUGUUAGGAAAAGAGUGUCGCCGAAAGAUUCUCUAGAAGUUUUCAAGCGUAGAAAGAUUUACGCAAAAAGUAACAAGUCAAAAUGGGGAGUCAAUGAUGACACAUCCGAGCCAUAUUUUUCGCCUGACUGUCCUAACGCCAAAAGCUCUCUUAUUGAAGUAUGCCAAAAGCCUAAGAAAAAAGUACUGUUGCAAGACGGUGAUGUUAUAGAAGGUGUUUUAUCAUUCAAAGGCGCUCUAAACUGCGAUAUCCGCAAAAGUAAUCCAAAACACGCUCAUGUUAUUCCACGACCAAUAUGUCAAAUACCUACUUCUCCAUGCAAAGAUAUGUGCUUAAAGACAAAAAAUCCACCAUGUUCUAAACCUUACAAACCUACACCGCCACCUUGUCCUCCUUCACCUAGUCAAAAACAAUGCUCACCAGUUCUUUCUCCGUGCCAGAUGACAAAGAAACCUUGUGCCAAACCACCAGAAAUCCCUUCUGAUAAUUCGUUAUUAUCCAACAGAUCUGUUGGUUUAAAACCUAGCCCACCACGAAUUCAUAGGCCAAUAAAUUCCUCACCUAAAAUAUCUCAUGUCUGUAUCUGUCCUAAAAAUCAGUCUCCGUUUACUAAUGACUCCAAAAAAUCAUCCUGCAUAUCGACACGUCCAUGUAUAUCAGCAUCUACAUCGCGUGAUUCAGUUUCAAAAUUCUGCCCAUCAAACCUUUGUAGAUUGCCUCCUAGUUCGAAAUCACGUGAAAAAUGUGAAAAAUGCCACAGUCAUGAUUUCCCUUGGCCACUUAAGAAUCAAGUAUCUAGUACACGAUCACCAAUGGAAUCUAAAUUGUCUCUUAAAAUAACACCAGCACCGACUCAAAAAUCGUCAAGCAAAUGUAUUACAGGACUUAAGCACCUUCUUGAGAAGGUUUCAAGUUCAACUUCUAAUAAAAAAGAUUGUAGGCCAGACUGCGCAAAUAGACGUAAAGUAUUACAAAAUCCAUGUCCUCCAGCCCCUCCCCCUACUAGGGCUUCAGCUACGACACCCAACAAGCUAAAAAAGCAAGGUUUGCACUUGACAAAGUUACCAAUGCCAAGAAACGAUGCAAAAGACAACUUACCUCAAGUUAAAAGCCAUGAUAUUAUACGCCUCAAUUCUAAAGAAAAUAUAAUGUUAAAAUUACGACGUUCAACGCCAAGUACGGAAGAAAUAAGAGAAGGAUUUAACAUUAAAGUUCAAGAUGAAGACGGCCAAACACUUUAUGAAAGACGAGACUACAAAAAAUUUGACCAAAGCAGAAUGCAUUUUGUGAAAGAUAUGUAUAGAGAUUCUCAAGUUCAAAGAAUUUUGACAUCGGAUCCUGAAAUGAUUUUGAAUGAUAAACCUCUGGCAACAAAGGAAUGUAAAAGCGAUACAAGUUUAUCAAACAUCAUCGAAAUUGAUCUUAAUUUAAAAUUCAGACAGGCAGAUAAGACAAAAGACUUAAAUAUAAACAAUUCUGUAGAUAGAUUAACAAAAAAACAUGACAAUCCUGAAAUUAAUGCUCCACGUGAGUCCUCAAAACAAAUUUAUGUACUACAAGAUAAACCAAAAUUAUCACAAGAAGAUGUAGAAAAAAGAGAUGUUAAUAUCAAAAUAAUGAUUAAGAAUUACAAUACAUCAGCCAAACUGAUACCAAAAAAUAAACACAACGUGAGUUUAUCUACUACAAACAAUGAAUUCUCCAAAAAGAUUUCUGAAAAAUUUCAAACGGUCACUACUGGUUACAGCGACACACUUGAAAGGCAAACAUAUUCCAUUCAUAGAACAACAAUAAAUUUAGCUAAUUCUUCUGAUAAUAAUAAAUCCUUAAGUAAACAAAACAUACAAUCGCCGGCUAAAGAAUUUACAGUCAAAAAUGCUAUCGAGUCAUCUGUUAUCGAAAAUAAAACUAAAAGUAAAUCCCAAGUAUUAUUAACGAGCAACGAAACCAGUCAAAUUGAAGUAAAUACAAGCUUAGACAAAACGGACGCAACAAAUGACGAUAAAGAUGACAAAUCAGCCACGAGCGUUUCUGUAAUAAAUUCGGACGGUAAAAAUUUAGACGACAAAAAAAAAUUCAAGAUUAAAAAAUAUAAUAAAGAAGAGAAAAGGAAAAUAUUCAAACAAUUACUUAAACGUGCAAGUGAGAUAAAAGAAAAUAAAACCAAGACCGAAAUUCAAGAAAUACAUCAAUUAUUACGAGCUGUUCUAACAUCAGACAGCAGCGAUCAUGAAGAUUUCGAACUCAACAACAACCAAUCAGCUGAAAAUCUAACAUAUGCCUCAUCAAAACCUAAUUAUUUAAAGAAUUCGAAUAGCACGACAAAUUAUUAUUUAGAUAAAAGUUCGAUCUCAACAAAGGUAUCUAGUAAAAUCGAAUUCGAGGAUGUCAUAUGUCCAACUAGAGAAAAUAUCAGUGAAUGUAGUGAUAUUUCUAAUGUACAAGAAAAUUUCGAUUGUUUGUGUAAUCAAUUAGCAACGAAAUUGAAUUUGAAACAGAAUAUGUUUACUCCUUGCUGCUGUCGAGGCAUUGGAAAAAUAGAUGAAGAAAUUAAUUGUGACAUUAAAGAUGAUGAAAAAUCUAGUCAGGUCGCAGUUGAGACGCAGUAUUCAGAACAAAUAAAUGCCAUUUAUUUAUCUGAAGCGACUUCCAAUAAAGAUGUAAGAAUACCUGUACCAUCUCAAAAGCAAUUUAAAGGUUCUCAACUUAAGGGCUUUGAUAGAUCGUACAUUAUAGAAUCUGCCGAUGAUAAAAAAAUCAAUGAAACGAAUACGAAAUCCGAAUGCAUUAAUAAUAUAGAUAAAUUAAAUGAAAACAUUUUUAAUUUACAACCAGCUGAUAUAUUGCAACUGAAUGAAACGAAGAAGGCAGUUUUAGAAAUUUAUGCCGAAAGAACUAUGUCACGUGGUGAAAACCAAAUGAUCGCAAGACUACCAAAAUUUAUUUGUGCAAAGGAAAGUGAAAUUUAUCAUUACGAAGCAAUUUUUGCAGAUUAUACAAGUUUUGAUGGAAGAAAUUAGUGUAUUGUUUAA